AUGGAGAAUUCCACCAACAAUUCCAUACUGGUCUCGAUCCCUCCUGGUCUGGAGGCGUGUCCAGUAGCACGGUUCCUGGCCGAGACUUUUAGAAUCCUCCGGGGUUCCCGAAAGAUAGAAAUCAAAGUCACCGAUGCUGCAAGCCCGGAUGCGCACAAAAUUCGUUCCAGGACUAUCAUCGAGGGCCUCCAAGAGCUGGCCUCAAUCUUGGCAAUCGCCGGUCAUGGCCCGGAAUCGGAAAUGCUCGAGGUCGUGUUGGAAAGAGGCCUCGAACGCAAGGAACUGGGUGGCCUUGGCCUCAAUCGCUCACAAGGACUGGGAGAAGGAGACAUCAAGGAGCUUCUUUUUCUGGUCGAGGCAUGGUUAGAGUCGCUCAACUCUCGGGAAAGGACGCGCGAAAGCGUUCAGACGCCACUGCAAACACGGCAUGCCACUGUCAGGCCAAUGACUCUGGCUGAAAAGAUUCUUGUUCAUCAUGUGGCUGGUGGCGGUCCUGGUCGAGGUGUCCGGGAAGGAGACGUGAUCACCGUGGCCGUCGAUUGGGUGGUGACAUCUGAAGCAGGUUGGUUUGCCAUGAGUAAGACAUUCGACGAAAUGAAGGCGACAGAAAUCUGGCGGAACGACAGGUUCUGGAUUGCUGGCGACCAUGUCGUGGAUCCUAGGAUCAAUCACCUGCCCAACGUCAAGGCUCUGAUCGAGGCAUCGGAAAAGGCGAAGAACGACUUCAAGCUCACCGAGUAUCAGGGCAUGAAUUUCACAAUCAUGCACACCGAGUUUGUGCGAGAGAGAGCAGAGCCAGGGAUGAUCGUGAUUGGUGCUGAUUCUCACACAUGCUCGGCUGGAGCGGUCGGCUGCCUUGCAAUUGGACUGGGAGUGGCCGAUGUCAUGAUUCCUUUGGUGACUGGACAAACUUGGUUUAAGGUCCCUGAGUCGAUCCUUAUCAACUUUGUUGGUGCGCCGCGGUUCGGGGUCGGCGGCAAGGACGUUAUCCUCCAUAUCCUCGGGGAACUGAAACGCAACACAGUUGCGGCGGACAGAAUCGUUGAGUUUUGCGGGCCGGGGGCUCGAUUCUUGUCGAUCGAUGCCAGGUUUGCGAUCUGUAACAUGUGCACAGAGUUUGGUGCAAUCACAGGUGUCUUUGUCCCCGAUGAAAUCACCUUGGACUAUGUUUCUCGACGAAGGAGGAAGAGAAACAAGUCGAACUCGGUGCAUUUCCGACCAGAUGAGGGAGCUGUUUACUCUGCCAAGUUCGAGAUUGAUCUCGCUGCCGUACAGCACACCAUAGCGCUGUAUCCCAGUCCAGACAACGUGGUGCCGAUAGGUGAGCGUCGCGACAUGGUCUUCGAUGGUGUUUUCCUUGGGGCAUGCACCACCACUGAGGAAGACCUGGUGCUCGCUGCUCGUGUACUGCAAGCCGGCCUGAGAAGAGGCCUGAAACCUGUCCGUCGUGGCAAAAGGCAUGUUGUGCCUGGAUCCUUGCCGAUCAUGGACAAGCUGCAAAGGCUUGGUUUGCUGGAAAUUUAUGAAGCCGCCGGAUUCACGAGAGGCGUACCAGGAUGCAGCUUUUGCGUUGGAAUGGGCGCUGAUAAAGCUGGACCGGGCGAAACCUGGCUCAGUUCACAAAACAGAAACUUUAAAAAUCGCAUGGGCCCAGGGUCUUUCGGAAACAUCACAUCAGCCGCGGUGGUGGCAGCAUCGUCGUUCAGCAUGAGCUUGACUGACCCGGCACCUCUCCUUGACGACAUCGAGCGUGGCAUGGAUCAGGAGGGUCUUCGACGUGUGGAGGGAAUGGAGUUUCCAACUGUCAUCUACCAAGAACCCUCGGUUGGCCCGACUUGCAACCAAGGAAAUGCCGCGAGCUUGAGUGUAAGCCCGGUGGCCAGUUCAGAAGACGAGGUUGAACAGCGGAGCGACGUUGUCAAAAGCCGCAUCAUCCGGCUGGGGGAUUUUGUGGACACUGACGCGCUAGCGCCCGCCGAGUACCUGAUGAGCGCAAAGGACGACGAGGAGCUUGGAGAUCACUGUAUGGAGCACACAUACCCGGAAUUUCGAGACCGGGUUCGCGGCGGGCAGCAAGUUGUGGUUGGUGGCCACGCGUUUGGCUGUGGUUCGUCAAGGGAACAGGCAGUAAGGGCGUUGAAAGGCCUUGGAGUCCAGGUUGUAAUUGCCAGAUCCUUCAGCUUCAUAUAUGGCCGCAACCAACCAUCUUUGGGGCUGCUCGGAAUCACUCUUGCGGACGACACGUUUUACGCCCUGGCAAAAGACAACGAAUCGAUCGAGGUUGACAUAAAACGUCGAGUGGUCAAGGUGUCGGAUACGGAAUUCCCCUUCGUCUUGACAGACAUCGAGUAUCAGCUUACCAUCAACAAGGGCUUACAAGAGAUGUACAAGGUGUACGGGAAGGACAUCUGGAAACAGGCCACGGCCGAAGCAUCGCCUGCGAGACAAAUGAGUGUUUCGAUUGGCGUGGAACGAGCAUCCAGCCAUAUUGGUGGCGGAGGAGAAGCUUUGGCAUGGUGA